CAUGGAUCCGGGGAUGUCGCUCUAACCAAAGCGGCGAUGGCGACUGACAUCAUCAUGACCAACAUACAUUUGCGUAUAUUUGACCUACUAUCAACUGCACUUCUCCUCGUUCUAACAACAUAUCGCUGUAAAUCGAUAUCUCAUCCAGACAAACAUCAUAAUGUCCAUGAUUCCGUCUCUAUCAAAACCCCUUUCCACCACUCUCCUGCGCUCCCUCCGCCCUGCCACCGUCCUCCAGCCCCGUCUACGCCCCUACCAUCCUGAACCGAUCAGCACCAAAGGCGAGGACUUCUACGUGGCGGCCACUUUUCCCGACGACUACGAGUCGCCGACCCUGAUCAUCAAGAAAGCCGGCGGAGCACCCCCGUCGUGGGAUGAGCUGCAUGCGACCCUGAGCGAGGCUUCGGUCAAAGCCGACCGUGGAGACGUCGAGUUCCGGCCCCUCGAGAGACGCGACGAGAUUGAGAGGAUCCUCUGGCCGGAUCGAGAGGAGCCCAAGAUUGACGAGCUUUAGCUGUUCUCGACUACUUCGGUGGAAGAAUGUUGAUCAUCAUCUGAUAUGAAAUGAUAGUACUGUAUGUGUAUGAAACUGGCAGAUUGAAAAUGGCAAUGUGAUAUGACAUGA